GAGUAAAUACACUCAAUACUUGGGUGUCUGAAGUGAGUUAAACGAACUACUUAUUUUUAAAUUUGGCUGUUACGAAAUUUGUGAGUCCAGUUGAAACAACAUAAGAUAAGAAGUAUAUAAAUACCUGUAGAUUUUUUCUUUAACAUAACGGUUUUGAUUCGGCCCAGUGGAUUUUUUUUUUAACCGGACACUAUCGUCGUUAUUAUUUUAAUACUGUUAUUCAAAAAAGUAAUAAUAAGAUGGAUUCAAAAAUUGUAUUACUGCUGAUCGGGCUAGUUAUCUGUCCAUCUUUGCUAGAUUUUGGUUAUUAUUGCAACGCCGAUAGCACCAGCUCCAGUUCCAGUUCCAAUGCCAGCUCCAGUGCCAGCUCCAGCGCCGGCGGCAGUGACAGCGGCAGCGUCAGUAGCAGCAUCAGCGGCAGCAACAGCUCCAGCGUAAGCGGUAGUGACAGCGGCAGCAACAGCUCCAGCGUCAGCGGCAGUGAGAGCGGCAGCAACAGCACCAGUGGCAGUGACAGCGGCAGCUUCAGUGUCAGCGAUAGUGACAGCGGCAGCACCAGCAAUAGCACCAGCAAUAGCACCAGCGUCAGUGGCAGUGAGAGUGGCAGCAACAGCACCAGUGGCAGCAACAGCGAGAGCAUCAGUGGCAGUGACAGCGGCAGCUCUAGUGUCAGCGGCAGCACCAGUGGUAGCACCAGCGGCAGCACCAGUGGUAGCACCAGCGGCAGCACCAGCGGCAGCACCAGCGGCAGCACCAGCGGCAGCACCAGCGGCAGCACCAGCGGCAGCACCAGCGGCAGCACCAGCGGCAGCACCAGCGGCAGCACCAGUGGCAGCACCAGCGGCAGCACCAGCAGUAGUAGCAGCAAUAGCACCAGCGAGAGCGUCAGUGGCAGUGACAGCGGCAGCGUCAGUGGCAGUGAGAGUGGCAGCAACAGCACCAGUGGCACCAACAGCGAGAGCGUCAGUGGCAGUGACAGCGGCAGCGUCAGUGGCAGUGACAGCGGCAGCGUCAGUGGCAGUGAGAGUGGCAGUAACAGCACCAGCGUCAGUGGCAGUGAGAGUGGCAGCAACAGCACCAGCGUCAGUGGCAGUGAGAGUGGCAGCAACAGCACCAGCGUCAGUGGCAGUGAGAGUGGCAGCAACAGCACCAGCGUCAGCGGCAGUGAGAGUGGCAGCAAUAGCACCAGCGUCAGUGGCAGUGAGAGUGACAGCAAUAGCACCAGCGUCAGUGGCAGUGAGAGUGACAGCAAUAGCACCAGCGUCAGUGGCAGUGAGAGUGGCAGCAACAGCACCAGCGUCAGCGGCAGUGAGAGUGGCAGCAACAGCACCAGCGUCAGUGGCAGUGAGAGUGGCAGCAACAGCACCAGCGUCAGUGGCAGUGAGAGUGGCAGUGACAGCGGCAGCUCUAGUGUCAGCGGUAGUGACAGCGGCAGCACCAGUGGCAGCACCAGUGGCAGCACCAGCGGCAGCACCAGCGGCAGCACCAGCGGCAGCACCAGCGACAGCAACAGCACCAGCGUCAGCGGCAGUGACAGCGGCAGCACCAGCGGCAGCACCAGCGACAGCAACAGCAGCAGCAACAGCAGUAGUAGCAGCAAUAGCACCAGCGUCAGCGGCAGUGACAGCGGCAGCGAUAGUGGCAUUAGCAGCGGCAGCCCAAACAAUACAAGUAGUGGUAAUACUACUGAUUGUGGAAAUUCAACUGCCCGGCAAUGGGGAUCGUUACUAAACGGAUCGAUAGUAAUCGAAGCUCUGACAUCUGAGACAUUAGAAGGAGCAAUAGAUGUCAUGCGAGAGGCUUUCUUUACUCAAGAAAGUGUAUCUUUAGCCUGCGAUGUAUUGUCAGAACCUGGAGCAUCAGAAGAACUCGAAGAAAUAAAUAAACUUUACGCUCAAGACGGAGUCAGUCUCAUCGCAAGAGAUGUUAACACAAGUAAAGUCGUCGCUUUAUCAAUCAACAAAUUGAAUGAUCUUUCAGGUGAAGAUAAAAGAAGUUAUUUAGAAAAAUCCAGAGAAACUCUCAAGUACAACCAGUCAAUAUGUCUUGUAGAUUUUAUGAUCAAUGUUAGCUCAAGAGUUAAUAUUUCCGAAAAAUAUGAUACAAAUUGUAUACUUGACAUAGUGACCAUAGCAACGGAAUCGGAUUACCAACAGAAAGGAAUCGGCCAAGCAUUAGUAUCCGCAUUAUUAAAAAUGGGAAGACAAUUAUACGCCGGAGAAGAUGUAAAAACACCUCUUGAUAGCGAGACAGUCAGCAAUAUCACUGCUAGUCCCGGGGCUUUAUCAGCAAUAAUGACAUCAACGUACUCACAAGCAAUCGCUAAGAAUCUUGGCUUCGAUGAAUUAUGCGAAGCGGACUAUGAUGAAUUUGAGUAUGAUUGUAAAACGUUCAAGGAACGAUUAGAAAAUCGAACCUCCGCUAUACUUUAUGCAAAGAGUCUCCAGGAUGGCAGUGAAUGCUAGUUCAACAAACAAAAUUUAUUUGUUUUAACUGAUUAAUUUGCCUCCGCUCAAAGUUAAUCGUUUUUUUACAACUUUUAUUACAUUUAUAGAUUUGUGCUUUACCCUACAGAAAAAUCCAUGGGAACCCAGCUUUUAAAAUGGAUUCCCGUAUAGUUUUCUACAGGAAUCCAGCAUAAAUUCUUACAUAGUUUUCAAGUUCCACUUUUUCGAAAUUACAGUUUUUUUUUCAAUGCUUGUAACUUUUAAUGGAUUAAUGAUAUCAAUAAAAAGAUGAUUA